CUUGUGUUGCUAUAAAUUAUUAAAUUAUGGCUAAACAAUUAGUUAUUGUUAUCACAGGAGUUUCAUGUGGGGGCAAGACUACUAUUGCCAACCAUCUAGCAAACACAUUUAAUGAUAUUUCAAUAUUACAUCAAGAUGAUUUUUAUUAUUCUAAAUAUGAAGACCAUUUGGAAAGUAUUCCAGAACUUAAUUACCAUGCUUGGGAUAAAAUAAGUGCCUAUGAUAUGAAUAAAAUGAUGGCUGCAAUUGAUUCUCAAACUUCUAAAAUUUUAGUGCUUGAAGGAAUUCUUUUACUUGAUGAUAUUAGAAUUCUUAAUUUAGCAGAUAUAACUUUUUUUACUGUUUUGGAUAAAGAAAUUUGUUGGGAUAGACGUGUAACUAGAACAUAUUUGCCUCCCGAACCACCUGGAUAUUUUGAUAAGUAUGCAUGGCCUGAGUAUGAAAAAUAUUUACUAAAGAUAAAAAAAAAAAAUGAUGUUAUAUUUUUAAAUGGUUAUGACAGCAUUGAUUUUAAUACAUCUGUUGUUGUUAACCACAUCAAUCAACUAGUAUUAAAUUCAAAAUAAUAUGAUAAUUAUUAAUGUUAUAGUUGAUAAUUGAUAUGUGCUUGUUGGUUAG